AUGUCAGGAAGGCCUAAUCGUGGGCGCCCACAGAACGAAACACCCGAUGUUGCUCAAGUUGUUGCACAACAACUCAUGGAAGCAAUCCCAAACAUUGUUACUCAAGUAACUGCGGGGCUUAAUGCUAACCAAGGAGGUAGUGGAGGAAACCGGGGAAACAAUGAAAGAGAAUGCAACUACAAGUCCUUUAUGGCUUGUCAACCUAAGGAGUUCCACGGAAAGGAAGGUACGGUCGGGUUGCUGAAAUGGAUUGACAGCAUGGAGUCCAUCCUUCACAUUAGCAAAUGCCUCGAGCGCAAAAAAGUUGAGUAUGCAACUUGCCUACUCCAAGAUAGGGCAUUGACCUGGUGGAAUACUCUAGUGCAAACCCGAGGCCGUGCAGCAGCAUAUCAGCUAAGUUGGGAAGACCUAAAGAAGCUACUGAUAGAGGAGUAUUGUCCCAAGGAUGAACUUCAGAAGCUUGAAUCUGAAUUCUGGAACCAUUCUAUGGUUGGAACACAAAUAGAGAAGUACACAGUCCGAUUUCAUGAACUAGCAAAACUGGUACCUCACAUGGUUACUCCUGAGGAGAAAUGGAUAGAUCGUUACAUCUGGGGUCUGGCACCAGAGAUUCGUGGAAUGGUUACUUCAACAAAUCCAACUACUAUUCAGAGUGCAGUAAGUCUAGCAAAUCGAUUAACCAAUGAUGUGAUAAGGAUGGGAGCACCAACAAAGGAAAACUCUAGUAGCAAGAGGAAGCCAGCAGAUCAGGGAGAGAAGAAGUAUGGAGGCAAGUCAGGGAGGAAGCAGAAAGCCUCAAGAAACUUUAUGGUAAGAGCCCAGGAGCAAGAACCAGUGAAAACUCAGGAACAGGAAGUCAUGGAAGUGCAGGAGCGAAAGCAGUACUUAGGACCGCUUCCGAAGUGCAAUAAGUGUAACUUCCAUCACAAGGGAGCUUGCCCAGUGUGCCAAAACUGUAAACAAACAGGCCAUUACUCGAAGUACUGUAAGCUGAAUAAGGAUGGAAAAAGGGCAUGUUACGAGUGCGGGAGUACUGAUCAUCUCCGUAGAGCAUGUCCCAAACUGAACAAGGCGCCUGGUAACAAUGGACAAGGCCAAGCCAGGAAAAACUUCCAAGGAAAUCAAGGUGGGCGGACAAGAGGUGUAGCCUUUGUGAUUGGUGCAGAAGAAGCUCGUCAGAACCCUGAGGUGAUAACAGGUACAUUUAUCCUGAACAACCAUUUUGCAUAA